UAUUGCGAACGAAAACGCUGUGGUGACGGUUUGGAUGCUGAUGAGUCGAUACAGGGGACUUCUCCUGAUUUGGAAGGGUCACGUGUACAGACAUCACCCUACUGCCGACGCUACUCAGUACUCGCCAGCAUGGAGGCAUUGCUCUUCAAUGUGGAUACUGGAUUUCUCGAAGGGAUUCUGAGGGGCUACAAGUCGGGCAUUCUCACCCAGAAUCAAUAUGCCAACCUCACGCAAUGCGAGAGCCUUGAGGACUUCCGGACGCAGCUAUCCGCCACUGACUACGGAAAUUUCCUUGCCAAUGAACCCCUACCCAUCUCGACCUCCACUAUUGCAGACAAGGCAACGCAGAUCCUGGUCGACCAAUUCAACUACAUACGGAGCAAUGCCGUCGCGCCGCUGAGCAAGUUUCUCGACUAUAUCACCUACGGAUACAUGAUCGACAACAUCGUUCUCUUGAUUACGGGGACCCUCCACGAACGCGACACGCACGAGCUGCUUGACCGUUGCCAUCCUCUGGGCGUCUUCGACACCAUGCCUGCGCUAUGUGUGGCCACGAACGUCGAGGAGUUGUACCAGACUGUGCUGGUGGAAACACCUCUCGCACCGUAUUUCCGAGACUGCCUUGCAGCAUCUGACCUGGACGACCUCAACAUUGAAAUCAUCCGCAACACGGUGUACAAGGCGUACUUGGAGGACUUUUAUCAGUUCUGUUCCACCGUUGGUUCUCCCACCUCUGAGGUGAUGCACAAAAUCCUCGACUUCGAAGCGGACAGGCGGACGGUCAACAUCACGAUCAACUCGUUCAACACAGAGCUCUCGAAGGAACAACGCGCGAAGCUGUUCCCAGCCAUCGGGCGGCUGUUCCCAGAGGGCAACAACCAGCUGGCCAAGGCGGACGACAUGGAUCAGGUCCGGGCCGUGUGCGAGAACGUGUCGGAGUACCGGUCGUUCUUCAUUGAUUCGUCUUCGAGUGGGGGCGGGUCCGGUGGCGACAGCGAUGAUCUGGGCGCCGCAGCGCAGCUGGAGGACCGAUUCUUCCAAACCGAAGUCCAUCUCAACAAACUGGCGUUCCUGCAGCAGUUCCAGUACGGCGUGUUCUACAGCUACAUGAAGCUGAAGGAGCAGGAGAUUCGGAAUCUGACCUGGAUCGCUGAGUGUAUCGCACAGGAUGCUCGCGACAGAAUCCAGGACUUCAUACCCAUAUUCUGAACGUCUCCCCGAUACACUACGUAGCCACUAUGUUAAUUGUUGAUAUGAUCAAGGACAGAAGCCAC